CACAAACCUGAGAAUUACCGCCCCGUUAGCUUAACUAGUGUGGUUGUUAAAAUCUCGGAAAAAAUUAUUCGGAAGGAGCUGUUUAAGUAUCUCGAUAAAAACCGGAUCCUUUCGGAGAAGCAGCACGGUUUCAGAAUAGGUUGUUCUUGUCUCACUAACUUAUUAGUGGCUCGUGAAAGCUGGUGCGCUGUUAAGGACCAAAAGUCACCUGUAGACGUAGCCUUCAUUGAUUUCAGCAAAGCUUUCGACAAAGUUCCGCACAACCGGCUGUUAUAUAAGUUAAGAAAUGUCGGGAUUGGAGGCAAUCUAUUUAUGUGGAUAAAAGACUUCUUAGUUGGGCGUCAACAAAGAGUUCGGGUGAACUCAAAGUUAUCUAGCUGGGGAACUGUGCUUAGUGGAGUGCCCCAGGGUACAGUUUUGGGGCCAGUGCUAUUCCUCUUGUAUGUAAAUGGCCUUCCUCGUCUCCUAUCAUCAUUGCUAUAUGCUGACGAUGUCAAGAUAUGGAGAACGAUACGAUGUAAGAGUGAUAGCUUAGAACUUCAAAAUGACCUGAAGAAGUUAUCUGAAUGGUCUCAAACCUGGCAGUUUCCGAUAAAUACUUCGAAGUGUGUUGUGAUGCAUAUCGGUCAUCAAGGUACAGAUAAAUACACGAUGAAUAACGCUGAGCUACCUGUCGUCCAGACAUAUAAUGACUUAGGAGUCAUCGUUAGCCAAGACUUAAAGACUACUGCACACUGCCGUGCAAUAGCCGCCAAGGGUUUUAGAACCUUAUGGUCAAUACGUAGGGCUUUUAGUCAUGUCGACACCAAAACGUUUUUGACUUUGUAUACAGUGUUCGUACGUCCUAAACUUGAGUACUGCAUACAAGCGGCUAGCCCCUGCUUAAAAAAACACAGUGAGCUUCUGGAAAAGGUUCAGAGAACGGCAACUAAACUGAUUCCCGGAAUAGCGAAGCUUCCAUACGAUGCUCGACUGACCAAGCUAAACCUUUUCCCGUUGUCAUAUCGUAGAACUAGAGGCGACUUGAUUACAGCUUCCAAAUUGCUUAGUGAUAAAUUUGCACCUGAUAUGCCCUCAUUUUUCUUGUCUCCCAAAACAGAGAAUUUACGAGGACACUCCAAAAAUGUUCACAAGCCCAGUACAAAUUACUUGUCAGCUGACCAUCGACUUUCCCAUCGAAUCAUCAACGAGUGGAAUUCAUUACCUCAGCACGUGGUUGAGGCUCCGUCCGUCGACUCUUUCAAAAGAAAGUUGGAUCAACUGAGAGACCACCAUUGCCAGAACUAACACAGGCCAUCAAGCCUCCCGUCCUUCCCAAACUAAAACUGAAACAGUUUCCAUAUUGUUUGCUCUUGGUUCGGGUUUUGGUUGUUGUUCGUUCGCAAAAUGUUAUGUUAUGGACACAACAUGGGGUGGCGAGCAUAGUUCUUUGAACAUUCCUACCACUACCUAUCUCCGCCUAUGCCGGGACAGAUUGUAGCCCGGAUGCAAUCAAGGAUGAAUUCUACAACCAAUUAAAUGUUCUUAUCCAGAAAGUGCGUUCGACAGAUA